CCCACCAACGGCGACGCUGCAACCGCGCACAGAUCCGUAAUGGCCAGAGCAUUCCUGACCUGCUUCAGCCACAGCUCCCGCGACCUCGUCAAGCUGGUCCUCUGGGGCGGCGACACCAGGCUCUUGCCGGAGACGCUGCACGCCGGCGAGCUCAUGAUCCGCUUCCCGGGCCGCAUUGUCUGCCACGCAAACUCCUUCUAUAUCGGCCUCCCCCUCCCGGUUCUAUCCGCCGACGACGAGCUCCUCCCCGGCCAGACCUACUUCCUCCUCCCCCUCGACCGGUUCCGGCCUAACCAGGCUCUGACGGCAGCGACGCUGGCGUCGCUGUCUCCGUCGCCGACGAAGGUGUCGCUAGCCGGGGACGGGCAGUGUCCGUUCGCGUACGUGAAGGGCGGGGACGGGAGGAAGCUCAUCAAGGUGGCCCCGGAGUUCAUAGCCAGGGUCAUCUCCUCGGGCGAAGAUGGGAGAAAGAGCGGCGCCGGCGAUGGUGGGACGUUAUGUAGCACGCCCGAGUUGCAGAAGCACUAUGCACAGCUCGUGGGGCGCAGGGGGCGGCCGUGGUCGCCGGCGCUGGAGACGAUAUCGGAGAGCAAGAGUAGGAGACCAUCCAAAGUUAGGUUAUCGCCAGCGAGGCUGUUGAGAUUCGAGAAGAGAUCGAGCUAAGCUUCCGUUUCACUCCUCUGCGAGUCGCAGUGGAGAUUAGAAGGACAGCGAGGACACAAAUUACAAUGACUUCGAAUUGUGAAUGUAAAAUAUCAGAGAAAAGACCGUAAAUUAUGUGUACGAGCAAAUGGAUCGAGUUGUGCUUUGCAUG